GAUCUCCAAAAUAAACUCCCCGACCACUUCGACGAAAAAUAAGGAAAAAGUCACCGACCAAAUUAAAACCCACGAACCACUCUUCUUCAGUUCUUCUUCAGGCUGGCCGCUUCUCCACUCGAAAACCCCCAAACCUUCGCCGUCGCCGUCGCCGACCCCUUGACUCCGCGGCGGAUUCCACCAGAAGCGAUGCCCCGGGAGCUGCGGGCGCUCCGCCAGCGCCGUGGUCUCGCUGGCGCCGGCUCCGGCUCCGGCUCCGGCGCCGACCCCGCCCACGACCUCUCCGCACGGAUACACGCCCCCGCUUCCGUCGCGACACAGGGUCGAUGUGGGGAGGGGGAGCAGCAGGCGGCCGCGGCCGCGGUCGGGGUGGUGGUGGGGAAGGGCUGUUUGAAGCGCCCGCGGAGUGCUGCCCACGGAGGGGGUUCCGGUGCGGCCAAAAGGGUGAGCUUUGUGGCGGAGCCCCAGGUGCGGGUCAUGUCACCACCGGCUGUUCCUGGUGCAGAAGUAGGCGGAGGGGAGAGUCGUUGCCCGAGGCGUGUCCGAUUUCGUGGUGCUUCUUCUGAAUUGGCGGGCGCGGCCGCUCCUCUUAGGCGGUCCAUGAGGAAUGCAUCGAAUUUGGGUCUCGGAGUUGAGCAAGUUACUGUAGCUGCGUGUAACUCUGUCAAGUUUGAUAAGAAGCGGAAGAGGAAGGCCAGGGAGAAUUCUGAGCAUAUGGGUGUUAGUGCACAAAUUGGAGUUUCUCCUAGAAGCACAAGGUCGAGGGGUCUUCUGCCACCACCUGUUGUUGAGAACAAGAGAGCCCGGAGGAAGGGACCAGACGUGAAGGAGCAAACACUUGAGGACCAGCCUGCUGAACUGGAAAAUAGGAGGCAGCCUACUAAGCCAGCUACUCGCAGCAACAGUUAUCAAGAGCUUGCGUCUUCUGGAGAGGAAGAAUAUCAAGGACAGGUUGUUGCUCUCUCUAAGGUUCCUCCACUGCGGCGAUCUAGCAGAAACUGUUCCAAGGUCAGCAGAUUGCUGUUAAAUAGCAACAUAAGUUCAGGAAGGAAUAACUGUACUGGAGCACAGGAGGAGGGCAACAAGGUGAAGAUAGCUUGCUUGUCCAUGCACAAUGCGACCAAGGACGGCACAGAAGAGGGUAUGGCAAAGGAAGAUGAACAUUUGAAGUUAUCAUGGAACGGCGGAGCUAAGGAUUGUGCUGGUACGGAGGAGAAGAUGGUCCCGGUGGUGGUGAGAAAAGGGUGUUUGAAGCGUACAGGGACUGAUGUGAGCAGCCGGAGCUCCAGUGUUGCCAAAAAGGUUACUUUUAAGUUGGUGGAGCAGGCGGGAGCAGAGGUGAGGAGGCCCCGGGUUAUUGCUGAUGGCGAAGGUGAUGCUGGAGAGGCAGGUUCAACUGCUCCGUUGAAGUGGUCUAGGAGGAAUGCGGGGAAUUUCGGUGCUGAUGAUGGAGUUGAGAGGAUUGCUGGAGCUGUAAGUCGGAAUAUCUCUGCCAAGGCUGAUGAGGAAGAGGAGGAUGCAGAAGAAGCAGUUGAUAGGAAACGGAAGGCCAGCGAGAACGUUGAGGAUAUAGGGUAUGUUUGGUUGUUGCCUAACAUUGCCACAACUAACCUUAGUCAAAUUGUGGCUGCUACAAAAAGUGUGGCGAACAAAAUGGCCACGAAAGUUGUGGCUAACUUUGGCAAGAAACUGAGUCUAUACCAUGUGGGCCAUGAGGCUAACAAAGUGGGGUAAGCCGCAGUUGUGGCAAUGGACCAAAUAGAUGCCUAACAGCCUAAGGAUCUGUGACAUUACUAUGGUUAGAUGUGGCAAUCUUAGGCUACAAGCCAAGCAUGCCCAUAGUAUUAGACUAUUAGUGCUCAAGUUGGAGUUAUUCAUAGGAGCAAGAGGUCGGGUAUUCUCUUGUUGCCAGCCUUUUUUCUAUGGCCUCUGUUGUUGAGAAGAAGAGGGGGCGGAGAAGGGUAGGAAGAUUAAGGAACAAUGUGUGUUGAGGACUAACCUGCUAAAGUUCCAAGAUUUCUGUAGAAUUGUAAGAUAUCAACUGUGUUCCAGAUGGUGUAACAAUCAUUAAUAUGUUUAUUAUCUGAGAACUGUUUUGAUAUUCCA